UCACGUCUCUUUCUGGAGUGGAUAACAGUAACUAUGGUAACAAUGGUAACUUACCUAGCGUUGGCUAACACCUGUAGCUCCAUCCCGGGGGCCGGAAAUCGCUGCCCGUCCUCGCGGUGACGUCAUAACGCGCCAAUUUCACAGUUCAGGUGACAGCUAGAGUCAGUGAGUGUCUCCAACAUGAUGUUCUACACUCAACUCUUCACCUCCAAGAGGGGACCUCUGGCCAAAAUCUGGCUGGCAGCGCACUGGGAAAGAAAACUGACAAAGGCCCAUGUAUUUGAAUGUGAUUUAGAAACAACCAUCAGAGACAUCAUUUCCCCACAGAUGAAACUUGGUUUGCGGACAACUAGUCAUCUGCUGGUUGGUGUGGUCAGGAUCUACUUCAGGAAAGCCAAGUAUCUCCUUGCAGACUGCAAUGAUGCCCUGGUUAAAAUUAAAAUGGCAUUCAGGCCAGGCCAGACCGAUAUGCCUGUGGAGGGGCUCGAGGCAACACUAAAAGCAAUUACCUUGAUCGAAGAUUUCACUGCCUUUGAUGCUCAACUGCAGCUGCCACGCCCAAGUAACAUGGAUGUCGAGGACCACUUUUCACUGAACCAGUGUCGAUCAGAGGAAAUCACUCUGAAAGAGGAUUUUGGAAAUGGCUUUCUGAACUUGAUAGAUUUCGGAGAUGAGUGCCAGAGCCACCACAAUGGGUUACUGGAUAUGAGUUUCCACAGCUUCACUCAACAUGGAGACGCUUUUGGGGAUGAGGAUAGAGGACUCGACCUACUGGACUUCCUGACAAACUCCAGUGAUGAUGUCGCGUCCAACGACUUCCUCCUAGAAGAGCCUCAAAAUGAAAAUCCAGAGAUCCCUGCACUCAAUUAUCAACAAGAUGCUGAUAGAGCGGAGAUGGUGACGCCUACACAGAACGAGACCACCCUGCUCGCCAACGACGAGGAAGCCUUUGCACUUGAACCUGUGACCAUCACUCGAAACUCCGAGAAGAAGAGGGGGAAGAGGAAGCGCAAGUUGGUUGUUGACCAGACUAAAGAGCUGACAAAUGAGUCCAUCAGAGCGCAGCUCCUCGACUGUUCAGACCUGGUUGUCCCUUUGGACAUGGCCCCACCAACCCUGCAGCUCAUGCAGUGGAAGGAGAGCGGCGGUGCAGAUAAACUCUUCACACAGCCGUGUAGCACUGUAGCAGCUCCACAGAUUAAGGAGCUCUUUGCCAAGAGUAUUUUCCAUGUGAAACCUUAUGGUGUACGUGCGGAGCUUGAGGUGAUGCGCCAGGAUAGACAAGAAGUUCAGAGGGACAUAAGCGCCUUCACCACAGACGUCAGUGUCGUAGAUUCAUCAAUAGAUCCUGAAAGAACACACAACACCGACCUGACAGACUCUGAUCACACAAAUGACAAUCAUCAAGAUGAAAACAGAUCAGAGUUCAGUCAUCCAGAACUUCCAUCAGAGGACUCCAUGUUUGUCCAUCCGUCUUGCAUGCAGGAGGAGACUCCGUCAGCUUCCCUCCACACUCAGUCUGUGCUGGACAGCCAGGACUUUGAGGAGAGGAGGAUAACCAGACGUUCACAGAAGCUUCUGGACGCUCUAAAAAACAACAGUGACACCACAUUCAGCCUGAAAGCACUCUGUGAAGGAGGCAAUCGCUCGCAGGCUGCAGCCACUUUCUACUGUCUCCUGGUCCUGAAAAAACAAAACGCCCUUCACCUGCACCAGAGAGCACCCUACGAGGACAUCACCGCCACACCUGGACCUAACUUCUACCAUUAGUAAAACAGAAAGUUUAAGUUUCUUAAAACUACAGAGGUGCAGUCUUGGUUCUACUUGAUCUGCCUUAUGCAGAAGUAGUACACGUUUGUGUUACUAUAUCAGUUUCCCAGGGUAAAAUUAAAUUUAAUUAAAUUGAUUUCUGGGCUCAAUAGUAAGAGCAGCUUGAAAAGAAAAAUCUAAUUUUAUAUUAUAUGUCACACACAUUGGUAUGUUUGUGUCAAAACUUGUAAAUACUCUUUUUGCUUGUUCUCUGCACUUUUCAUUUGUGAGUAUGAAUGAAGGAAUAUUUAUAUCUAAAACUCUGUCAGACUGUUUUUAUUCGGCCUUCGAGAUCAUACAGUAUCUAACCCCAUAUGGGUUUCACAUGCAUAAAUAUUUUAAAUGAUCUACAAGAUCCUUUGAGUAUUUAUUGUUUUAUUGAUCAGCAACAUCUGAUGUUACACAGUUAUCCUUGUGAUAUUUUUGGAAUGACAUUUCCUGCAUGUUCAGUCUCGUGUUUUACACCAGUUCCUCUUCUAUUUAUUCAGGAUUUUACGUAUGUAUGUUAAGACCUGCCUGUCUUAUAUCUGAGAGAGAAGAGCAAAAUUGAACCUUUCAUAAUAAGCAAAUGUUGCAAAUGAUUGCUUUAAAGUGCAGGUAUUAUUUACAUCUAUUUAAAACCGUUCCCUGUUUCGAUGCAAAUCACAAAUAAGACUGAAUGUUUACUUGAUUUGUAUACAUUUUUAUAGCUUCAGAAAGAUAACUGUUAUGUUACUGAAGUUUGGGAUAUGAAACUAAAUUAAUAUAUUCGCCUAUUCGUCAUUCUUGUGGUCAAGAUAUUUAAUAUUCUUAAUAUUUGUUUCCUGCAGCUUGAAUCCAGAAAACUCAGUAGAGUACUUCUGUACAGCGCUGAGCUGUACCCUUAACAUGUUGAAUUAUACAUGUUGAUAGAAUCAAAUAUAUUUAUCGGCCUACAACUUGUCAGAAUUUGUAUGUCAUCCAUGAUAUUCUGUGCUUAUUCAGGGACAGCAAUAUACUUUUUAUCACACACUAUAGUAGGAGAUGACCACUAAUAGAGACCAUAUGCUUGGAAGGCAUAGGAAUGACUAUAAAACUGGAACAUUUUUCAUUUCCCACUCGUUCUUGGAGUUCAUUUUGUAAAAAGUCUUGAGAAUUUACAGUUUAAGCCAUUUUAAAUGUUGUUUUCUGAAAUUGUAAAUGUUAUAGCUUAUGUGAUUGUGUAUUAAAAUAAACGCCUAAAUGGA